CUCCCAGAGGUUACGCCUCAAGGAAAGGGUCGGCGGCGCCACCCCACAGAACGCUGCACUUUCGGGGUUGUAGUUUCCACGUCUGCACCAAGUAAGUGGAGGACGUCUGGGCCUGCUGGGGUGUAAACGGUGGAAGGGAGUAAACCGAGCUAAGAGGAGCAGGAUGAAGCCGAACCGCUGCUCGUGGGACCAGUGCCGGAGCCGGGACCCGGCGACAGCCAUGACCCACCCAAACCCCGUGACUCGACAGAUUAUGGCUCCCGAGGCCGGCCUCAUCCCCAGGUCGCCGCCGUCGCCGCCGCCGCCACCCGGGGACGGGCUGGGAGGCGACUGCCUGUUUCUGCCGAGCCACGAUCCCGAGCCCGCGUGGAACGCUGGCCGCCCGGGUACUCACUCACCAUCUUCGGCAGCUCUGCUAAAAGCCUCUGUGCCCCGUUACCGUCAGUCGACCCCGCCGCUCACUUCCGUUUCCAGGGGCUGCCCCCCCACAUCCGCCGGAAGUGCGUCCGUCCGGGCGAGGAAGGAAGGAGGGCGCGGGAAGCCGGAGGGAGCUGCCCGGGGCCGAGGCUCCCACGCUUGCAAUCCCGAGGGACCGCGGGCCAAGGGCGCAGUAAGGAAGCAAUGCAUGUUCACCGUAGAAAGACAACACCAAAGGCAACAAGAAUAAAAUAGGGAACACUUGAACGCGUCACCCAGAGAUAACCAGUGUGAAUGUGUUGGUGGAUAUCCUCUUGAACAUUCUUCUGUGUGACAGAAUAUAUCAUUUAUCUUUAGAAAAAAAUAGAUUGAUUUCAUUUUCUAA